AACCGUCAGCAGGAGGAAAAGCUGUGAAAAAGUGAUAAAAAAUCAACGCCUUUGUGGGUUCGCUCGGAACAGAAGAGGAGAAGAAACAAAACGGUAAACGCUUGUAGUUGCUGACUGACUGGAGGAAAUUGGAAGCAAAACACACAGCAGAAGCAGUUCCGUGGGUGCGACGCGAGAAGAGCAUCAAACAUCAUCCAAGUGGAAUCGUUUUUCUUUUCGUUUUCGUCUGCGUGUGUAAUCUUGAGAUAUUUUCGCUUAAUUGGACGUCGCGCUGGUCCCAAAAUAAAAAAAAACGGUCGAUUCGAAGUGAUAUUAGGGAGUGCCAAAAGGGGAAGAGCAUUUUGCGGAUCCGUACUGUUUUCCGGUUCUCUAGCUGCGUGAAUUCAAUAAUACUCGGGGGCCGUUUAUGCGUCACCCAUUUUUACAUUUUUCUACAGUCCGUCUCUCGGAUUCGCCUUCGCUAAGUAAUAAUUGGAAGUGCUGGAGGAGUGGGAGGAAUUCCUUUUGGUGAUUCGUUCGUGUGUAGCAUUAAUUGAAGAUUGUUUUGUGAGGAGUGCAAUGUCCAGUGUUUAGAUUGCUGUCCUGGAUAAAUACAAGAAAAGGGUGCGGAACGCCAUUAAAGUCGACUGUGAAAGAUCGGAAGCUUUGGCUUCUUCCAUUGAGAAAUUCAUCGAUUUUACGUCCGGAGCAGAUUUCAACGAUAGAACAGCCCCUGCUACAACCCCGCUAAGCAUACAAUGUCUUCGUUAUCAGCGAGUGCUGAGAAUCUGUCCAGCGAUCAGACUAACGAUGGGUCGUCAAUGUGUCUGGAGCUGGCCCUGGAAGGCGAACGUCUGUGCAAAUCGGGUGACUGCCGCGCCGGAGUGGCUUUCUUCCAGGCAGCGAUCCAGGCCGGAACCGAUGAUCUUCGGACACUGAGUGCCAUAUACAGUCAGUUGGGGAAUGCCUAUUUCUAUUUGGGAGACUACACCAAAGCAAUGCAAUACCACAAGCACGACCUCACGUUGGCACGAUCGAUGAACGAUAAACUGGGUGAGGCGAAGUCAUCCGGGAAUCUGGGCAAUACUCUCAAGGUGAUGGGACGUUUCGACGAGGCUGCCAUUUUCUGUCAGCGACAUUUGGCUAUCGCACAAUCCCUCGGCGAUCGUCUCUCAGAAGGACGCGCCUUGUACAACCUUGGAAACGUCUAUCACGCCAAAGGCAAACAGCUAGGACAAAAGGAUCCCGGCGAUUUUUCAGACGAAGUAAAAGAAUCACUCAUGCAGGCCGUUGAAUACUACCAACAGAAUCUAACACUCAUGAAGGAACUGGGCGACCGGGGAGCUCAGGGACGAGCCUGCGGAAACCUGGGCAAUACUUACUACCUUUUGGGAAACUUUGAAACUGCCAUCGAACAUCACCAGGAGAGACUGCGGAUUGCGAGGGAAUUUGGCGACAAAGCGGCCGAACGGCGCGCCAACAGUAACCUGGGAAAUUCUCACAUAUUUCUUGGUCAAUUUGAGCAAGCAGCCAAUCAUUACAAACGAACAUUAUCACUAGCGAUGGAAUUGGGCGAACGUGCGGUGGAAGCGCAAGCCUGCUACAGUCUGGGAAACACCUACACCCUGCUGCGAGACUUUCCCACGGCAAUCGAUUACCACCAGCGCCACCUGGCGAUUGCUCAGGAACUAGGAGACCGCAUCGGAGAAGCACGGGCCUGUUGGAGCCUUGGCAAUGCUCACUCCUCCAUCGGUAAUCACGAAAAAGCACUGCACUACGCCAACUCGCACCACAUAUUGGCCAAGGAACUGGGCGAUGUGGUGGGCGAAAAUACGGCCAAAAUGAACAUAUCGGAUCUUAGGAAAAUACUCGGUCUACCGGAAUUGCCCGUAGAAAGCGGCUCGGGAAUACCCCUCGAGAAUGAUACUCUCCACGAGCUGUCUAGCAAUCAGAAUACUCAGCAUGGCGGAGCCGGUGCAUUAAAAUCUGGGUCGGGUUUACUGUCCAAACAGUACCGAGUUCGACGGCAGAGCAUGGAGCAAUUGGACCUGAUCAAGCUGACGCCGGAUGGUAAAAAGAUGGUAAAUGCUGCACACGAGAAGCAACACCUGAUUGGGCAACAGCAACUGCAGCAGCAACAGGCGCAAAAGGUGAACAGCAGCAAGCAGAACGAGAACAUUUUCAAGAACAACGACGAAGAUUUCUUUGAGCUGUUGACGAGGUCCCAGAGCAAACGGAUGGACGACCAGCGGUGCACUUUGAAGCUAACUCAUGCGGAGAGUGUUGAUUCGGCUAGGAAACCGUUGACCCAACAUAACAGCAAUGCGACAACUGCAGCAGCUAAGGAUAACAGAAAUGCUUUGCUCGAGAUGAUUGCCGAUUUCCAAUCGGAACGCAUGGACGAACAGCGAGCGUUGCUGCCCGGGCUGAAACGAAUAUCACUGAACAACGCAACGAACCGUCCAGGUGCAAAUACAGGCGCCGACAGUAUCCUAUCGGCCCAGCAGCCAUCUCAGCUCCCACCGUCAUCGGAUGGAAUCGGUACACCGCCGGACGACGCAUUCCUGGACAUGCUGAUGCGAUGUCAGGGUUCGAGGAUCGAAGAGCAGCGCUCGGAACUGCCGACACCGAACAUCACCAUGGACGCGGAAGCUGGAGGUGAGCGCAGGGCACCCACCGUUGGCAAUCCCAACAGCGGAGCUACGGUUCCGGAUGAAGAUUUCUUCUCGCUCAUCAUGCGGCUCCAAGGGGGCCGCAUGGAAGACCAACGAGCUACGGUACCUUUGCAUAGUAACAACAACAAUAACAAUAGUCGUAUCAACAACAAUCAAAAUUACAACAACAAUAGUAAUAAUGGCGUUUCUGGCGGAGCUGUUGGCGGUGGAAGCAGCAAUAGCAGCAGUAGCAGUAGUAGCAACGGAACCAAUUCGAACAAUAGUCAAAACCAAAGUUCAAACGGCGGAGGAAAAGGACUCAAAUGAUUUUACUCGCUAGAUCGAUAAGUCGCAUCGAUUGGCAAGUUGUUGGUAUUUGUUAACGAACAAAAUUGUAAACCUGAAGUUUUUCCGCGCUUGCCGGCAUCAAUUUCAGUGCGCUUCCUAGAACCUUUGUAGCAGGUGAAGCACUCUGAAGAUCUGCUGGGUGUAUGCUUACAUACCUAUAUACAUAUAAUUAGCGGUAGGGAUUAUACAAUCUAUAUUAAAGCUAGGGAUACACACCACGUCGAUAUCAAAAAACGAUACAUAGAAAUCGAUCCGCGCCAUAUUUUCUGUCUUUUCUGCACUCUGGAUGUUUGCGUGUGCGUGUGUUUGUUUUCUCGAAGAGAGACGUGUUGUAGGGGAUUUUGUGCUAAUUUUAACUGCAGCUAGAGUAUCCCUCCGAUGUGAAUUUGUGAAUAUAUGAUUCUGCUAGAUUUUUAAUAUACAUUCGUCGCAUGCAAUUUCACUUUUUUGUAAAUAGGAAACAUUAGUUCUCAAAUUAGUGCGUGUCUUUUAUAAUAUAUUUUCUACCGAGAUUUAUUUUUCUAUACAUCGAAUUAUUUUAUGGAGAAUCUUUUACAAUAGAAGGAAUCGAACACAUACAAAAACACAAGACUAAAACCAACCUCUUGGAUUGUUUUUCGAGUGCGAAAAUAUAUGUUUCUAUCAUAACUAUAAAUAUUAUAGAUGGUGAUGCCGAUCCUCCAAUCGAACUAUUGCAUGAAUAUUCCAAUUGAGGGACCGGUGUCAUCGUAAACUCUAACAAAACCGACUAGAAUGACCAAAAUGUCCUUUUAUUGAACAGCGCCACGGCUGAACUUUCCACGAUACGAUGAUAAAUAUGUAAUAAUGAAAUUUAGUAUAAGCUUAGAGCAGGACCGAGCAGCCAUCUAUUACUGUAGGUAAUGAAGUCUAGAAAACACAAAACAAAA